AAGUCCCCCCCGCCCCUUUAAUUGCUUUCUUCCUUUCCUUUUUUUUUUCUUAAAAAAAAAAAACCAAAAAAACCCGAAGCAUAACUACUUUUGCAGCUGAACGUGACUGUGGCGUGCAGGAAGUGGAGCAUUGGCAUGAAGCGGCUCCUAGUGACUGCUUGGCGCACGCCAGCUGCCCUCCUCUGACUCCAGUGGCACCUGGGGGCCUGGCCUCACUGACGGGAGAACAUUGGCGUGAAGGCUCCUGGCGACUGGGCCAGCAUUCAUUGUGAAGACCGGAGGGACACACCCUGCUGCUCAUGCCUGCAGGGCUCUGAGAGGAGGAAGCCUGGGGCAGGACCUGCGCCAGUGGCUGCUGGGCACAGCAUGGAGCACCCCAGCAAGAUGGAAUUCUUCCAGAAGCUGGGCUACGACCGGGAGGAUGUGCUCCGGGUGCUGGGCAAGCUGGGCGAGGGCGCCCUGGUCAACGACGUGCUGCAGGAGCUUAUCCGCACGGGCAGCCGCCCGGGGGCCCUGGAGCACCCGGCUGCACCCAGGCUAGUGCCUCGGGGCUCCUGUGGGGUCCUGGACUCUGCCCAGCAUGGCCCGGGGACAGCCCUGGAAGAGGACUUCGGAACCCUGGCCAGUUCUCUGCGACCCAUAGUGAUUGAUGGCAGCAACGUGGCGAUGAGCCAUGGAAAUAAAGAAACCUUCUCUUGCCGGGGAAUCAAGCUGGCUGUUGACUGGUUCAGGGACAGAGGACACACCUACAUCAAAGUUUUUGUUCCAUCCUGGAGGAAGGACCCACCAAGAGCUGACACCCCUAUCAGAGAGCAGCACGUGCUGGCGGAGCUGGAGCGGCAGGCGGUGCUGGUGUACACCCCGUCCCGCAAGGUGCACGGCAAGCGCCUGGUCUGCUACGACGACCGCUACAUCGUGAAGGUGGCCUACGAGCAGGACGGCGUCAUCGUCUCCAACGACAACUACCGGGACCUGCAGAGCGAGAACCCCGAGUGGAAGUGGUUCAUCGAGCAGAGGCUGCUCAUGUUCUCCUUCGUCAACGACCGGUUCAUGCCUCCUGAUGACCCCCUGGGCCGCCAUGGACCCUCCCUGAGCAACUUCCUGAGCAGGAAGCCGAAGCCCCCAGAACCAUCCUGGCAGCAUUGUCCCUAUGGCAAGAAAUGCACCUACGGCAUCAAGUGCAAGUUCUACCACCCGGAGAGGCCGCACCACGCGCAACUGGCGGUGGCCGACGAGCUCCGCGCCAAGACAGGGGCCCGGCCUGGCUCGGGCGCCGAGGAGCAGCGGCCACCGAGAGCCCCGGGCGGCUCCGCAGGAGCCCGGGCGGACCCCCGGGAACCAUUUGCGCACAGCCUCCCGCCGGCGCGGGGGUCCCCGGACCUGGCCGCCCUGCGAGGGAGCUUCUCUCGGCUGGCCUUCAGCGACGACCUGGGGCCCCUGGGGCCGCCUCUCCCGGGCCCCGCCUGCAGCCUCACGCCCCGACUGGGCGGGCCAGACUGGGUGUCCGCGGGCGGCCGGGUGCCAGGCCCGCUCAGCCUCCCUAGCCCGGAGAGCCAGUUCUCCCCGGGCGACCUCCCGCCUCCGCCCGGCCUGCAGCUCCAGCCGCGGGGCGAACACCGCCCUAGGGACCUGCACGGCGACUUGCUUUCCCCGCGAAGGCCACCCGACGACCCGUGGGCCGGUCCACCCCGCUCCGACCGCUUCCCUGGGCGCUCCGUCUGGGCGGAGCCGGCCUGGGGCGACGGCGCCACUGGGGGACUUUCAGUGUACGCGGCCGAGGACGACGAGGGGAACGCGCGCGCCCGGGCUCGCAUCGCGCUCUACAGCGUCUUCCCGCGUGACCAGGUGGACCGCGUGAUGGCCGCGUUCCCGGAGCUCUCAGACCUCGCCAGGCUCAUCCUCCUGGUACAGAGAUCCCAGAGCGCGGGGGCGCCCCUGGGCAAGCCCUAAGGGACCAACACGCACUUGCAGGGAAUGGCCCAGCCUCGCCUUGCGUCUUGGACGGGUAGACCUGUGGUUGCCAGCCUGGACCUGAGUGGGCCCAUCAUGGCGCCCCCUUUUCUUUAAAGAUGGUCAGGGAAGCCUGCUUCCUCCUCCUGAGCGGGGUUGUGGGGGCCUGGUGGCACUUGGUGAUCCUCACUGAGGCCGGGGCCUGCUGCGGGGAGGUCCACCCACUUCCGUGGAGGGAAUGAUUUUCCAUGUGCACGGAGACUGCAGGUCCAAGCUGCAGUAGAAUCCACAAGUGGGUCACAAAAUCAAUUUAGUGGGUCACCACCACAAACACAGUGGACUGGGACAGGUCAAAGCGCACCCUGUGCAAUCAGGCUGAGUCUGAACUCUUGUUACCUAUCCUGUGUCCCUACCCCCUUGGCAGCCAUGUAACUAACCUCAAUGUGGGUCGUAGUCAGAAGUUUAAAAAAGACUGUGAAUGGUCUUGAAUUUCAUUGCUUCAGGUAAUGUUUGAAAUAUGUAGUCAGGUGGCCAGGGGAGGUCUGCUAUCUGGAAGUUUUCAUGUUAGCUAUUGCUAACCCCACCCGCAAGGGGAGCCCAGCCUCCAGGUGUGGGCUCUCCUGUGCUCUGAAUUGUGUGGCUGUCCUAUGCUGGGGACAAGUGGCAGGAGCACUUUGUCCCAGGGCCGCCUUCUGGGGCCUUCACACACAUACCCCCACCACACACACACACACACACACACACACACACACACACGCAGUCUCUCAUACAUGUACAUACACACACCACACAGACACAUACUGUUUGGCUAAGGGUUAAGUAUCUCCAAUAUUCUUUUAGCCAUCCAUCAUGGCAGUUUCCAGAAUAGGCUUUCUACUGUACCAGCUGAGCUGCCUUCUUUUACUUCUUUUUCUUCUUUUUUUAAACAGACAGAGUCUCGGCCCGGCACGGUGGCUUAUGCCUGUAAUCCCAGCACUUUGGGAGGCUGAGGCAGGCAGAUCAUUUGAGGUCAGGAGUUCGAGACCAGCCUGGCCAACAUGGUGAAACCCUGUCUCUACUAAAAAUACAAAAAUUUAGCCAGGCAUGGUGGCACACACCUGUAGUCCCAGCUACUCAGGAGGCUGAGGCAGGAGAAUCGCUUGAACCUGGGAGGCGGAGGUUGCAGUGAGUUGAGAUCAUGCCACUGCACUCCAGCCUGGGCAGCAGAGCGAGACUCCGUCUUAAAAAAAAAAAAAAAGACAGAGUCUCACUCUGUCACUCUGUCUGGAGUAUAGUAGUGUGAUCAUAGCUCACUACAGCCUCAAACUCCUGGAUUCAAGUGAUCCCCCUGCCUCAGCCUCCUGAAUAACUGGGACUGUAAACAUGACAGCCGCACUUCACAGUUAAACUGGGGCUGGGUGAGUCAGGACUUUUGCUCUCAAAUCUACAGGUGGGUUAGGAGAAAACUAACAUGAGCUCAGUCAGAGUUUAUUGCCACCUUCCUGGUGCCGUUUCUUCCAGCCAGCUACUGCUCUGGGUUUGAGGAGAAAGGGCCUACUCAUUUGCAAUGGCUAAGAAGUGAGAUGGUCCUGCCAGAGUGCCGACCCCCGAAUCCUCAGGGGGCCCUGGCCUCUCCUGGCAGCAUCCACACAUUCUGGUUACCAUGCCAGCCCUCCAGACUAUGGCUCAUUUGUUCACUCGAGGGCUUGGUAGCUUGGCAGUUUGGGGAAAGUGGGAGGCACUUCCCAGGGGAAGACCAGAGAAGACCAGCCCCCAGCCCUACAAACUUCCUGCAGCCUGCUGGUGCAGAGGGAACUCUUGCCAGUUUACUACCAGAUUUCAUGAGACGUUGGCAGGCCUGGCGGGCACCUCAGGGAGAGUGCGUUCCCAGCCCUUUCAUUCAUGGUAAAUGACACCCCUGGGGCAUACAGUGAUGUUAGGUUUUUCUCUGAAACUUCUUUGAUCUUUUAAAACCAGAUUCUUAGCAUGGAUUGAGCCAGAUCUGUUCCUUACCCCCUUUUUCCAAAGAGGACGGUGCACCCACAAUUUUACCAUAACAUAUUGGGAUCUCAGGCCUGAAGAUGACCCAUUCUUUGUAAAUAAGUUGGAUUUUCCUCAUGAUAUGUGUGGGUUUUUUUGGUGGGGGGGGGGGAGGGGGCAGGGUUCCGCUCUGUCAUCUGUCACCCAGGCUGGAGUGCAGUAGUGCAAUCAGGGCUCACUGCAGCUUUGACUUCCCAGGCUCAAGCAAUCCUUGUGCCUCAGCCUCCUGAGUAGCUGGGACUACAGUUGCGCCACCACGUCCAGCUAAUUUUUUCUAUUUUUUGUAAAGACCCAAAGCGUUGGGAUUACAGGCAUGAGCCACCUCAACGGGCCUUUAUUUUUUUUUUAUUUUAAUUUUUAUUAUUAUUAUUUUUGAAAUGGAGUCUCGCUCUGUCACCCAGGCUGGAGUGCAGUGGCGCAAUCUUGGCUCACUACAUGCUCCGCCGCCUCCCAGGUUCACGCCAUUCUCCUGCCUCAGCCUCCCAAGUAGCUGGGACUACAGGCGCCCGCCACCAUGCCCGGCUAACUUUUUGUGUUUUUAGUAGAGACGGGGUUUCACCGUGUUAGCCAGGAUGGUCUCAAUCUCCUGACCUUGUGAUCCGCCCGCCUCAGCCUCCCAAAGUUCUGGGAUUAUAGGCGUGAGCCACCGCGCCCAGCCCCGGGCCUUUAUUUUUAUUUUUAACCUUUUGACAA